UCAUCUGCUCUACGACACAGCGGACCCUGUUGAUCUCAGCCGUUGCGCAGCGUGCGAUAUCGGUUAUAUAAUCUGUCGCUGCAGUGAGUCCAGUUAGGGUUUUGUCUCACCAUUUCCUCUUCAAUCCUGUCUUUCAACACCGGCCGCCGGGGCUUCAAGAGAUGGUGAAGCCGAAAAAAUUCAAGAUGAAGAAGAAGAAGAAGCAGAAGCAGAAACAGCAGGGAGCGAAUUCCCUGGAUCAUUCAAAUAAGAAGGUAAAAGAGAAUGAGGAGCAGUCGGAGGAGAGCGAGCCCAAAGCCCAGCCUGCUGACGAAGCAACGACCUCUGCAGCCAACACGAGCAGUGCGGCUGACAGUGGGAAGGAAAAAGCGACUCCAUCCCUGACCCCGUUAAAGAAGAUCAAGAAGGAUAGAAAGAAUGAGCUACAAACUAAGGAGAGUAAGCCGACAACCCUGCAUGUGGGCGUAGCAGCGGCUUCUGCUGCCAACAGCCGCAAGGCGGCGGGCAGUGGGAAGGGAAAGGAGCCUGCCACGACAUCAGAGAAGAGCGCUGGAUUCAUCUUCAUGUGCAGCGGGAAGACGAAGCCCGAGUGCUUCCGUCUCCACGUAUUUGGGCUUCCCAGAGGAAGGAAAGAUACCGUCGAGAAGAUCAAGCCAGGCGCCAAGUUAUUCCUAUAUGAUUUUGAUCUGAAGCUUCUAUAUGGGGUUUACAAGGCUUCCUGCCAGGGUGGGAUGGAUCUGUCACGGAAUGCCUUCAGAGGUGCCUUCCCCGCUCAGGUGAAAUUCAAGGUUCAUAUGGAUUGCCCGCCACUUCCAGAGACUACAUUUAAACAUGCUAUUCAAGAAAACUAUAACUCAAAGGGCAAAUUUACUGCUGAGCUUAACUCAAAACAGGUUCGCAAAUUAAUGUCAUUGUUUCGCCCUUUAAAUGAGUCAAGGCCAUGGAUACCUCAACCUAUUAACUAUGUUGAGGAUCGUCGUUAUCCACCGCAUUUGCCUCUUGAUGAUCCAUAUAGUUCAGCUCAUGUGUCACAUAUCACACCGCCUCCACCUGAGGAUCAAUAUAGGUUGGGUUAUCGUCCACUUGUAACAACACAUUUGCCGCCUGAAGAACCAUAUAGGUCAAGCCAUUUGCCACGUGGCCCACCUCAUUUGCCACCUGAAGAACCAUAUAGGAUGAGCCAUCUGCCACAUGGCCCACCUCAUUUGCCACCUAAAGAAUCAUAUAGGUUGAAUCAUCUACCACAUGGCUCACCUCAUUUGCCACCUAUUGAUUCAUUUAGGUCCAACCAUCUAUCAGAUGUUACACUUAUGGAGUCAAGAUAUAUUCAUCAACCGCAUUCUAAUGAUCCCCUUGCUAACUCGUUACAACCCCCUUCUAUUGUACCCGCGGUUGAUCCGUUUCAAGUGGAGACUUCUCGAGCUUACUAUUUUGAAAAUCCUGCUCAAGGUGAACGACUUGUUUAUAGGUUAGUUCCGGAGACGAUUCCAAGGGCAGAUAUACAUACAUUGCCACAAAGCAACUACCACACUAUACCUAUUCGAGAUGGAGAUGCUACCAUUUCACAUGCUGAACAGAGGAUCUAUGAGCAAGCAAUUGGCCACCAAGCAGCAACAGUAUACCAAGAUCCUAAUGUGCAAAGUAGGAUUGCCAUGCCAAAUAUGCCUCCUGCUUCGCGCUAUUCUUUUGCUGGGGCCACGACAAGAUAUCGCUACCCGUGACAUUGUUACUUUGGAUGCUCUUCCCGGGUGAAUUGCAAUACUUGUAGGCUGAUAUUGUGGGAAGUGGGAAAACAUUGUUUGGAAUAUUUGGCAAUUAGCUUGGAGGAAUCUGCUCCGAACCGUUGUAAAACUUUGCAGCCCUCAGCUAAUUGCAACUUACUUUGACAGUUUGGAGUAUGUUUCAGACGUGCCAUUUAAUCUCGAUAUGUGAAAUAUGAUCGUGAUUUAUUUAUCAA